ACAUGAUGCACGUUGAUAGAUUUUAUCACGUGAUGUGCUGUCAGCAGCAGCUGUUAAUGUUGAGAAACUAACGUUCACUUCCAGAUCAAGUAAAUUCCAUUUGAAAUCAUGGAGCUCCUGGACUUUUCCUUUGCUUUCAUAUUACUAAUCAAUGCACCAUCCCUUUGUUUAGGAUCAAUAAGUUCAUUACGACUAUGUGUCGUUGAAAAUAUGGUGGGAACCAAUCGAGGGAUGCUUGCUUUCCGAACUGUUGUUUCUAAUCCGGUGUCUGUGCAUGUGAGCUACGGGAAUUCAGAGUCUUCCUCAGCCCGAUGGAGCCCGUGGAAUACACUUGGCGCGCCGCUAGCAAGCCCCCCGCUGUCCAAUCCGGUGUGUGUACAUACGGAAUUGAAUCAAACUCAGAUCUUUGUGCAAGCCUCCAACGGACAGGUAUAUAGUGCAGUGCAAGAUGCCAGAUCAUUCUUAAAGUUUUCUGCCUGGAAGAAGAUCGGUUCAAACACAAUCCCAGUCACCCCAUCAAAGCGAUCAGUUCUUGUUGAUUCCAUAUCGGCACACUGGUACGGCAAGGAGCUGAUGGUGUUCGCUCGUUCAAUCAGCUCCAAUGAAUCACAGUUAUAUUGGUGUAAAGGUAAUGCAACCAGCUUUGGUCAGUGGAGUCGUCUCGGCGGUGGUAGCGCCAUCCUGGGAUCAGACGUGACCAUCAUAAAGAACCCUUACAGCACCAAGUACGAAGCUUUCAUGAUAUCUCCCAAUGGCGAGAUGCACAGGACAUGGCAACACGAUGCCAAGAGCUUCGCAGACUGGACAGCUAUGGACUUUGCGCCCACAUUCUCCACCGUUUCCAGACCUUCUGCUGAGGUGAUGGGCUACAGCAUCUUCAAUGGCAAACUGAUGAUCGGCGGGGUAGGCAAGGAUAAUUACAUCCACAGAUGCUCUCAAACUACCUGUGACGGAGUGGACAAUCCGUGGGGCUACUGUACGUGGGGAUACUGGUACAAAACUGGAGGGAAGAUCCCAUUCACCCAAGGAGGGGUGACUAACAAUUUUGCCAUGAGCAGGAAUGUACAUUUUGGUGUUGAGUUGUUUGGAGUUCAAGAGGAAAGUGGACAGUUAUGGCAGGCAUGGCAGCUGGACAGAGAUGCGUCCUGGAAUACCUGGAGUAAGGUCCCGCAGGACCUAGCGAGGGCAGCAUUUACCAACAACCCAUACAUCACCGUCAACAAGGGAGGCUGGUGGAUGGCUUACGGACUUAAUGCCACUGACCAGAUUGUAGUAAUGGAGCCAGCGCGAUCUCUCAACGUCACACCAGAGACUGUCGCCUGGGCCAAGAACCUGUCCGUUUCCUGGUCUGUGGCUGUGGACGAAGCCACCCACAUGGACUGGGUGGCUAUCUUUCCCUCUGGAGCAAACAAUGAUGAAUAUGUGGAUUACAGAUUUGUUCAAGGAGGCCUCAAUCCUGGUAAGAAUCCGGUAAGAGCUGGAACGGUAUCAAUGGCUUCAUAUCUACCCAAUGGAUCGUAUCAAGCCAGGUACCUUGUCAACAGGAAGUACGUCAGCAUCGUCGAAGAGUAUGUGACCUACUACAAUGAAUCCCAUGAUAGUGAAUUAUUGCAGCUGUACCAGGGCGUGUUCACUGGACUGGGUGUGUUCAACAAAGGGAUAGCAGAAUGCGUCAAUGAUAGCCUCCUCACUGUAGACAAGUUUCAAGCUGCUUUCGAUGCCUUUGAAAGUGCUGAGGUCUACGAAGGUCUUACACUCCUGGGAACAGCCUUACAAGACGUCGCCCUGACCCUGAGGCAAUGCGAGGAGAUCUACAUCGCAGAGCAGCUGGAGAAGUUCAUCAAGGACCUCGUGGAGUGCACGGAGACCGACUGCACCGACUUCGUCGUCGACGUCCUGGAGGAGAUCAUCAUCCUCUACGAGAACGAGUACGAAAUCUACGGCGAUAUCAAGGGCGCUACCAACAGCUUCAACCUCCUUGAGGCAUACCAGCAGGGAGGGUUGUGCAUCGGACGGCUGGUCAGGGCAUGUCUUGGGAUAGUGCCAUCAGGGAUGAUGGACGAUGACGGGAGAAGUGAUGCGAGGACAAACGGAAAACUCAGGUGGACUAAACUGGACAAGAGUAUGAAGGUAUCGGUAGUAAAUGUGUGAGGUUGUGGGUGCUUCGUACUGCUGGGGCAACAAAAUUUUUUAAAGAAAUUAAUAUUCAUACCCUGUUGCAUGAAAAUUGCUAUUGUUUUUUACCAUGGAGACAUAGCAACAAUAACAACACUCAAUAGCCAAUUAAACGAUUCUGUGGAAGUUAAUUUCAAAGUUACCAUCGAGAUAAUACAUAAUGAUUUCUGUGCAAUAGAGCAUAAUGUGAUUAUAUUAGAAUCAUUUGUUUAGGCUUCCACAUUCAUAUUUCUUUAUUUACUUGAUUCUUAAAGUCAGAAUGAAUUUGCACACAAUUAGCAUGAAAUAAAUAUAUAAUUUGAUGGGAAAAAGGAAAUCCAUAUAUAUACUAGUAGGUAUUUGUUUGCUUUGUAUUUUCUCAAGGUCUCUGCUUUAUUUUGCUCCAUUAUCAUGUUGUCCCAGUUAUGAAUUGCCACUUGCCGUCUAAUAAUAUUUACCAUAUAUGCUAUAUUACUUGUUAUUAUGUAAUCUUGAUGUAAACACUGUGGAGCACUAAAUGAUGAACUUUAGUGUAAUAUAUUGUAGGUACUCAUUAUAUGGAAUUACAAUAAAACAGUCAAUAAUGUAGCCAAAGCGAAAGAGUAUGCAAGUCAUGAGUUCAUGAUUUAAUUCUGUACAACAAUCCGCCCAUGUAUUUGUGGAUUCAGCAGUACGUAUUUACAUAUACAGUGUAGAUGUAUCUCUUGAAUUUCUCUUCGCCUUUUGCAUGUGAAGGCCAAGGCAAGGAUUGUCAUAUUCAAGCAUGCAUCAUACUGGUUGUGCUUGUUAUGGACCUCUCUACAAGAUAUUUUGGAAUUGGAGUGGCUUUAGCAAAUUUUCCACUUCUAAUUAUGUACUGAACCAUUUCAUAAAACAAAUGAUGCACAGAUAUAUACCCAUGUAAGUAUGUAUGAUGUCAGUGGUGAUGCAGGCUUCUUUGGUAUUUGAAACGUUAUACCCUUUGAAGUGCAUUGCAUCACCAAUGUCCACGUUCAUGUGAAAACACACCCUGACUCGCAAGAGUGCAUUAUUUGUAUACUCCCAUGAUGUGGCAUAUAUUUUUGCUAUUCAGGCUCUAAUCAUGUGUAGUAAUUAAUUUCAAUUGGACAUGAAGUAGUAAUCUUUUUUUUUCUUUUUGCACUUAAUAUCUUUUUGUUUCAUUCAUUCCAUUGCCUCAAAUGAUUAAAUCUUAAAUGGUCUUCCAGUACUUUAUACAUUCGGAGAUAAAAUGUUAAUUGAGGAAACUUAUUUUUAGUAAUCAAGCAUGAAUUACUAUUUGAUACUUUGUGUGUGAGAUUUUUGUGCUUAAUUGUUGAGAGAUGUGAAAAGGGUCUUCACUAUAGAAUUAUAUAGUAACUGAAAGAGCAAAGGUGUAAUGCUUGCAUGAAUUGUACAAGCAGAUAUGAGAUGAAUUUUACUACAUAAUUAUGUCUUUGGUGUAAGGUGUGCAUUUGAGGAUUGUAGGUGAUCAGUGGAAGCAGUACUAAUAUUUAUUUCUAAAAUUCUUCUUGAAAAUGUAGUCUUUGCUAAUUAGAGAUGUUUUAUAUCUUUAUGAUUGUUUUUUCUAUAAGUGUUAUUCAAGAAAUGAGCACACCCACCAUUUAAGAAAUUUGCAAACUUUUUUUAAAAAGCUUAUCUAGUAUUUUCUGUAUUAUGAGUAUGGCCUAGUUAUCUUUUGAACACUAUUGCAGGGCAUGAUUUUAGCCUGUGAGGAGAUACUGUAUCCAAAAUAAAAUCAUUGGAACUUUGGAAUGUUUUCUCUCAAUAUUAUCCAUACUUCAAGCAAGACUGGUCUAAGAAUAAUGCCCUUGGGCAUUGAGCUUGAAAUGAAACACACAUUCUGUACAUCAGCGCCUAGUUCUGUAGACUUAGUAAAUCCUCUCAACACCAACACUAUACAGUGUAGUUGUCCCAUUACAGAACCAGGCACCAAUACAGACUGUGUGUUUAAUUUCAAGCUCAACGCCCAAGGGCAUUAUCCUUACAUCAGUCUUGCUUUAAGUUUGAUGUUGUGGCUGGUGUGUGUUGAGCCUCAACACAAAGCCAAGCAUUCAACACUGUUCUUAAAAUAACCCAAUCUUUUAUCAGAGCAUCAUAAAGUGGUUUAAUCUGUACAUUUGCGAGCAUAAGUUGCUUAUUUCUUGAACUGAUUAAUAGUAGCCACAGGCCUUAACCACCUGCAAUAGUUGAUCAUACAGAUGUUUAAGCGAUGCAUAAGUAUUCUAGUCUAGCAUAGUAAAUGCAUGUGCAGUAUUGCAUGGUCUAAGGAAUAAUGAUUAAUUAAUAGUAAUGAUGAUAUUGUAUGGCUUUUCUUCAUUUGAUACCAGAAAUAUUCCACCUGUUAAAAAAGGGCAAUAUUGCACUCACGUUUAAUUUGUGCAAUAUUCACCCUAACUUGCAGAAUAUAAACUAGUUUCCCAUUCUGAGGCAUCCAAUAUGAUGUAAUUAUGUUUAUGAUACCAAAAUUGAUAAUUAUGGAUGUGGAUAGUUCAAAAUGGACCACAGAAAAUGGGGAAAGAAAAGGGGCAUGUAGUUGUCAGACCAUGCUGAAGAUUAGGAUUGUGCAAUAGUAUUUGAGGUUGAAGAUUGAAUACGUGUUAGGCUGAAAUAAGAAGAAAAUGGUACGUGACAUGAUGUGAAAAGGCAAAAAAUGAUAACUGGUGCGUGCGCAGUGAAAAUUGUAUGUACAUUUAAAGACUACCACACUGGGGGCGUCAUGUUUUUCAAUCUGAAGAACAUGGUUUCAAAUCCAAGCCAUGGUAUGUUUUCCUUCAGCAAGAAAUUUACUACUCUUGCAUAAGUGAUAUGCACUGCAUACAGUCAAGAUGAAACGGUUAGGGAAUUAGAAGAAAUGCUGAUUUAUGCAGUGGUUCUGGUAGUGGUGAUGAUUAUGAUAGUCACAUACUGUAUCUCAGUGACAUACAUACAAUGUAUAUAUUCAUUAUAUGAUUUCUGCUACAUAAAAUAAUGACAAUAAUGCAUGUUUAUUCUGAAGUUGUACUUAACAUGACGAAAAUUUACAGUAAAGAAACACUGGUGUUUCAUUGUUUUGUUAACAUGAUUAAUACAUUUAUCACUUGUUUUCAGCUAAAGGGUUGUUUUUCAGUAGGUUCUUGAUCGUUUUAUUAUCCCUAAGAAAAACCAGCAAACGUACUUAUUGAACAUUUCUGUGAUGGUAUGAAAAAUUACCUUACUGCAACAAAAGUCAAUGAAUUUGGUUGCAAUUUUUUUUCAAAUAAAUAUUUAUCAUUCUCAUA